AAGUGCACGAGGAGUGCAGUGGAACCAGCCGUGUUCCGUUAUCCGUUGUCGCACGGUACAGAAAGUAUCGCGGUCCCCGGUACCUGGCGGUGAGAAGCAUCGCGUCGCGUCACGUCGCAUUGUUGCAGCCUGGCAUGUCGCGCGGGUGUCAGUGCGAGUACAACGCGCACAUCAUGCGCCCGCACUUGCGUAUAUACGCCCCCGCACGCGUCGCGUCGUUCAGUCAGCCGUCGUCGCGGUGGAGUCGUCUUUCGGCGUGCUGAGGGAGCGAGAGGAUAUCUGACAGGACACUGCGCCGAUGACGUAGUGAUAGUCCGUUGACUAUCGUUACGCUGGACUGUCACGCGGGUCGGGUGUGUGUGUGUGUGUGUUGUGCCCUGCUGCUGUUGCUGUUGCUGUGAUCCAGUGUGACGCGCGUCACGACGCUACCACGCGCUCCCCAAUGUCCUCGUCGUCGCGGCCCGGCGAGCACGAUUACCAGCGAUUCGACAAUGACACGAGCCUACCGCUCGAACAGGAGAUUACCAACGGCUCAAGCCGACCUUCAGAUGGGUCUCUGGAUCGUUGCCUGCUGGAUCCUAUCCGAGAUUGUUGUCUCGGUUCCACCUACUGACCUGAACCCUCUGGACCAACUCUGAUAACGCGAGAUUACGAAACACGGCCUCUCGCGACUGGAGCGACGUGUAUUCUAACGAGAGGAAUAUAAUUGUAAAUACGGCUCAAUGCUGUCUUCACCUUCCACUGAAAGUCAUGUCAGGUCGUCGUUUGACACCGCUAACAAUACUAAUGAGCUGAAUAAUAAAUAUGAAAGGACAGAUACAGGAACCGGAAGUAUGACUGAGAAUAUAAUGUUUACCGCACGUGAUAUGUCCGUGGACAUAGAUAUGCACUGGGAAAUGAAUUAUCAUGAAGCUGCGAUAUUCCUAGAGGAAGGCAGGAAUAAUGAGAAAUUCGAUUCUCAUCCAAGGCAUCCCGAGGAUUUGCCAGCAUACCUCUUAGUUCACAACAGAUGGUACAAUGGAUUGGAUUUACUGACUUCAUUGAUCCUUCUGUCUCUGGCAUUCGUUGAAGCACCUGCUUUACCAUUAUUUAGAGUGCCAGUGUGGAUGCACGGUUCGAUAGAAUUGCUCACCUUGAUUAUCAUCGGUGUGCAACUGGCUUUGAAGCUGAGAUGGACUGGCUGGGCAACGCUGUUAAAACACAAACGUACAACGCUAAAAUGCGUCACACUGGCUAUCAUGUUUCUCGAAGCCUUGACUGUCCUGGUGCGGCAAUCCUCGCAUUUCCGCGUGACGCGCGCGCUAAGACCCAUUUUUCUGAUAGACACCAAGUACUGCGGAGGUGUGAGGAGAUUCGUGAGGCAGAUACUUCUCACGCUACCGCCCAUCUUGGACAUGCUAGGCCUUCUGUUCUUCUUGAUCACCGUGUACACGGUCUUGGGCUACUUCAUGUUCAGUGAAAUGAACAGAAACUUCUCCACGUUGCAAGAUAGCUUCGUGAGUCUAUUCGUUCUGCUCACCACUGCCAACUUCCCAGACGUGAUGAUGCCGUCGUAUUCGCGCAAUAAAUGGUACGCUAUAUACUUCGUCUCUUAUUUGUGUACCAUGCUGUACGUGAUGAUGAACCUGAUGCUGGCCGUGGUGAACGAAACAUUCACAUUCCGCGAACGUGACAAAUUCAAGAAGCUGUUCUUGCACAAGAGGAAAGCGUGUCAGCAUGCUUUCAAGCUCCUGGUUUCCCGGCAGAAUCCCGACAAGAUGCGAUUCCGUCAGUUCGAAGGUCUGAUGCGGUACUACGCGCCGAACAAAUCCACGAGAGACAUUGUAUUAAUAUUUUGUCACAUGAACGUGUCGGGCAGUGGCGCUUUGAGUUGCGAGGAAUUCCUGUCGAUUUACGACACCACGACACUCCAGUGGGAGCUGCAGUACUCCAAUAUACCGUGGUAUCGCAACGCCUGGUGGCCUCUGCAAGUGUUAUGCAUGGGCGCCCACACCGCUAUUAAGUGGCCGUACUUCGAGACGCUAGUGUAUGUGAUCAUUAUCGGCAACUGUAUCGCCAUGAUUGCAAGGAUAAUAGAGCCGAGCGAUAGCCUCGAGGAGUCGUCUCACGGGUUCGCCGCUUGUUGGGACACUCUGUUAUUCGGUGCAAUAUUCAUAGCCGAGGCAUUGUCGAAGAUACUGGCUCUCGGUGUGAGACAUUACUUGAGCUCCGGCUGGAAUCUCUUCGACUUGGGCACGACGGUGAUGAUGGUCGUCGCCGCGUGCGCUCUCAAUUUGUUCCCGUCAGCCACGUUUCUGGUUCUGUUCCGACCUCUCAGAACGCUGAGACUGUUCAAGAUAAAGAAACGCUACCGAGACGUCUUCGGUACCCUCGUCAUUUUGUCGCCUCAGAUGUGCUCGACGGCGAUUGUCAUGCUAGUGCUAUAUUAUUUCUUCGCGAUUAUCGGUAUGGAGAUGUUCGCGGGAUACGAUAUGCGCAAUUGCUGCAAAAACACGACCGUUGAAGACUUCUAUGAGUACUCAGCUAACGGCAGCACGGCAUUGGGAUAUUACUAUCUCAAUACGUUCGACAAUCUCAUAGCCAGCGGUAUGACGCUGUUCGAAUUGACGGUCGUUAACAAUUGGUUCAUACUGAUGAACGCGUAUGCGUUUACCACGGGGAUGUACACGCGGAUAUACUUCAUGAUAUUUUACUUGGUAACCAUGAUCGUGCUGACCAUCGUGGUGUCCAGCUUCUUGGAAGGCUUCCGAUUCAGGAUACAGUAUAAGAAGUCGACUUCGAAACACGACGAGGAAAAGAUGCUUCACGAGGAAGUGGAACUGAAGUGGGACGAGCUGCAGUGUAUAAUCGAGGACUUCCAGACUUUGGAGAGUUUGCGCAGCACUUUGGUCGUUGGCGGUAGCACCAUGUUUGUGGGCUCGCGACCGCGAACGCGGGAGGUCCUGCAGCGGAAGAUGUACACGCAGGAGAUAAACAAGUGGCUGGCGGAGGCGAAGCUGGAGGAGAGGCAACUCGUAUCCGACGUGACGCGCGGCACCGCCGAAGACGGAUGCGGCGACGAUAUCACCGACACCGAUCAUCUAAUGUUGAACGGCAACUUGCGGCAUCAAGCAAGUAAUAAUAUAUCUACACGGUAAAGAUACUAAUACCGACACACGUAAUUUAGAUUGUAAAUUUAAUUUAUAAUCGUCGCUUGAGCAUUAUAACGGACGAACACGAAUGCAUCUGUGACGAUGCAUUUGUCGCACGGUAUAUGUGAGCGCGGUUCAUUUAGAUAUUAAUUAUUUAAAAUUAUAUACAUUAUUACAGUUGAUGUUAUUACAAUAAUGUAUAUAGAUCUUGAGAAUUAGCGGAAAAAUCGAUGCACCACACAUUAGGUGGCUGAUCUCUCUCUCUCUCUCUCUCUUUUUUAGCGAUGACACAGUACUCUUAAAUGACCCACAGAGCGCGCGAUAGCUAAUAGUCUUCAGGUUUUUGAUCCAAGUAGUACCGGUAAUUUUCUUUGCAUAUUUUAUACUGUAAAUUAGCUUGCGUCCAAUUGUAGUAAAAAGGAAAAUCUCGUCUUGCGAGAUAGCAAUAUUAAUCUCGCUGAUAUCACGCGAUAUCACACGUCGACUUCCAAGUGUAACAGCUGCACUGCGGCAGAUAUUAACGUUAGCCUAA